AUGGCCUGCUACGACCUCUGCCGCCCCUGCGGACCCACCCCGCUGGCUAACAGCUGCAACGAGCCCUGUGUCAGGCAGUGCGAGGACUCCCGCGUCGUCAUCCAGCCUCCCGCCGUGAUGGUCACCCUGCCAGGACCCAUCCUCAGCUCCUUCCCACAGAACACCGCCGUCGGAUCCUCCUCAUCGGCUGCCGUGGGCAACAUCCUCGGCUCCCAGGGAGUGCCUGUCUCCUCUGGCCGCUUCGGCUACGGCUACGGCUAUGGCUUUGGAGGCCUGGGCUGCUACGGUGGCAUAAGGGGCUGCUACCCCUGCUAAGGACCCUUCACGUGGCACCUCCAGUCUCUUGCUGACACGUGGACCUGCCCUCCACGGCUCCUCCUCUCAAGGCACCAAGCAAGGA